AUGAACACAACAAACUCAUCAGAUUUCCAUCUAACAACAAUUGAAAAUAGUGGAGAUCUUUCACCUUCGUUGCAAUGUAGGUUCUCUGUAUGUCGGAACAAACCAUGGUACUUAUGUGGAAUCUUCGUUCUUACUAUGGUCAACUUGACCCUUGGAACAGCGGCCAAUUGCUUUCUUUGUUUUCAGAUCAUCUGGAAGAGAUCCUACCAUACUACCACUUUUGCUUGCAUUUUUGUCUUGGCUCUUAGCGAUAUCAGUGCAUCAAUUUCUAUGAUGGCCGCUUCGGUGGAUCUUAAUACAAAAGCAAUAGACAGUGCCAAGUUCUCAGAAAUAUUUGAAAUAGUGGAUCGAAAUAUCCUACUUGCCAUGGCGACAACUGUAAUAUGGUCCAAUGAGAAUAUGGUGCUGUUUGCUAUGGAGAGAUAUUCUCUAAUGAAGAAUCCAGUUAAGUAUGCUAGAUUUCAAACACCAAAAAGAAUAUUUGUAAAAUCGUUUCUUUGCUUAUUCAUAACCGGAGUAUUUAAUAUUUGUGCUCUAAUCAUAUUAAUUCAACUAAUAUGUAAAGAGAGGAAUGCAAAUUGUAUUCUGCCAUUCUUUGGUGCUUUGGGUAUUCCGUUCUGGGUGGUAACAUUAAUUUUGUUGGUCGUUAUUCAUCGCAGUAAAAUAAAGCGAUUGCGUGCUACAAGUCUCCGUGUCAAUGUCAGAACCGAUCGCGUGACGUCCAGAAUGACGAAAUCAAUUUACGUCAUUUUGAUAAAUUAUUUUAUUGCAAAUGGACCAUCUUUAGUGAUCGAUAUUUUGAAGUUUCUGGAACUUUUCUGCACAUUUUCGCUUAAGGUAGAUGGGCCAUUGCUUUUUAAUGUGACAUUUUUCUUCAGUUCCAUCAAAGUUACCGCUAAUCCAUUUAUUUAUUUCUUUUGUUCCAAGGUCAAAUGUCAAAGAUGUUGUUUAUUCAGGAAAGAACCCCUUGCUUUGUCAGUGUUUUCUUAA